AUGUCUCUUCCACAUUUCUUCAUCUUCUUCUUCUGCGUCUCUCUCUGUGUUUCUUCUUCCUUUUCAGCUCUUCUCGCACCCAUCACGAAAGACCACACCACUCGUCAGUACACACUCUCAGUUUACCUGAAAACCCCACUUCAACCCACCAAAUUGGUCCUAGAUCUAGGAGCCUCCUUCAGCUGGGUCGACUGUACUCAAAAUUACACUUCCACCACGUACCACUCCAUCCCAUGCAGUUCUUCUCUCUGCAAUGCCAUCGCUUCACUCGCUUGCUCCAACUGUUUCAACCCGCCCGGUCCCGGUUGUGCCAACGACUCGUGUGCUAUGUUCUCCGAAAACUCAGUCACCCGGAAGGCCAUUAUAGCCGAAGCACUCGUCGACUCGCUCGCUUUGCCCACCACCGACGGUCGCAACCCGGGUCGACUCGGUCUCAUCCCCGAGUUCGUAUUCUCUUGCUCCAAAACGUCUUUACUCAAAGGACUCGCGAAAGGAGUCACCGGUUUGGCGGUUAGCAAAGCCUUCUCUUCUCCUUACUUGUUUGCGCUGUGCCUGUCCGGUUCACCCUCCGCUCCUGGCGUGGCUUUCUUUAACUCUGAUGGACCCUACUAUUUCUUGCCCGAAAUUGACCUUUCAAAAUCACUUGUUUACACUCCACUCCUUUUGAAUCCAGUAGGGAUCACCAUCAUAACGUACUACCUACACCCCUCGGAUGAGUACUUUAUUGGUGUGACUUCUAUAAAAGUCAACGGAAAUAACGUACCCAUUAAUCAGACGAUCAUGACCAUUGAUCAGAAUGGCUUUGGUGGGACCAAGAUCAGCACCGUUGUUCCGUACACAGUCCUACAAACGCCUAUUUAUAAGGCGUUUACGGAAGCGUUUGUUAAUGAAUCAGCUGCGUUGAACCUCACCGUAACAAAGCCUGUGAUCGGGGUGUGUUACAAUGCGGACGACGUUUCGAGUACGCUCGUGGGACCGGCUGUUCCGACCGUAGAUCUGGUGAUGCAGAGUGAUGAUGUGUUUUGGAGGAUCUUUGGAUCGAAUUCGAUGGUCAGGAUUGUGAGGAAAGGUGUAGACUUGUGGUGCUUGGGGUUUGUGGAUGGUGGGGCCAAUCCAAGGACAGCGAUUGUGAUUGGAGGGCAUCAGAUGGAGGAUAAUCUUUUGCAGUUUGAUCUUGGGUUGAAGAGACUGGGUUUUUCUUCUUCAGUUUUGCUGCAUAGAACUACGUGUAGUAACUUCAAUUUUACCACAAACAAUAACUUAAAAUAG